GAGAGCAGUCCAACAGUUCCGCUCAUAGCGCGUUGUCUGUUCAGACUGUUUUAAAGUUCUGUAAUAAAUGACUGCCUUCAAAACGCAGAAUUAUUGGAGGCCAUUCAUAAGACUAAUACGCAGAAAGUGGCUUAAGAGUAUUUGCGGACCUGAGUGAUAAUGUCUGCAAUCAAGUUUGUGCCGCAGCAGACACAGAAGAGUCUCAGAAGGAAUACCUCUGAAAAAAUGUCAACAGAGUUGUCACCAGAUUCUAAAUGUCCGAUCUGUUUGGACAAAUUUAACAACAUUGCUUACUCGGACACCUGCUUGCAUAAGUUUUGCUUCCGUUGCAUUCGUGAGUGGUCCAAAAACAAGGCAGAGUGCCCUCUAUGCAAACAGCCAUUUAAUUCCAUCUAUCACACUAUAAAUUCAGAACAUGACUUUCAGACUUACGACCUGCGGCCGGUAGAUAAUGGCUCCUUUGGCACUUUUGGUGGCGUUCGGUUUAGGUACCGCACAACUCUUACUGGAGUACACAGAGCGCUUCAGAGGAGGACUUCCCCACUUCAAGACAAUGGUGUGAUGUUUGAAGCCUCAGUUAAUUCUCACCAACAAGCUCAGUACAGAUAUAUCAAGCAGAUGAUGAUGAGGUUGGCAGCCAGGAGGAGGGCUGCAAGGGAAGGCACGGCACUGCAUAAAGUCAGAGAACAAGAAAUGAUCAACUUCAGGAGGGAGUUGUACCGGAAAGGAUUGAAAGUUACAAAUAUCUUGGAUGGUGGUCGCUCCAGAGACACCUCAGCGGAGUUCUACCGAAGAAAUCCUGCCUGCUUGCAUCGACUGAUCCCCUGGUUAAAAAGAGAGCUUGUUGUGCUGUAUGGUGCCCAUGGUUCUCUGGUCAACAUAGUUCAACACAUCAUCAUGUCACGUAUUACCCAGUGUGACAUGGAAGAUGCAAGUUUUCGAGACGAGCUGAGGCCGUUUCUUCAGGGUCGCACAGAUCACUUUCUGCAUGAGUUCAUCAGCUUUGCCAAGUGUCCCUUCAAUGUGGAUGCAUAUGAUCAGAACACAGUAUACAACUGCCCCGGCUCUUUCACCAAUGAAGACGGCAGCACCAACUCAUCAGUAAUAACCAUCUCAGAGGAUGAGCCAAACUCUUUGGACUUGGAACCACAUGAAGAUACCAGAUCUAAUUUGAGCUCCUCCGUGUGGGAUGAUGAAACACCUGGACCAUCAUAUUUUACAGCAGCAGAGCAAAAUAGGGAGAAUCUGACUGUCCCGGACUCUGACAGUGAUACCAGUUUUGAGGAGGACACAGCAGAGUCUGUACCUUUGUCACAGCUUUCCAGCACUCGUAAUCACACAGAAGCAACUCAUAGUAAAGUUAACAGUGACUAUUGUUCUGAUAGUGAUGACUGCGUUAUUGUCAGCUUUCUUAAACCCAGAGCAGAGCGCACUCCUGAACUGGUCCAACUUUCUUCUGACUCUGAUGAAUCUUCUGCUGAAGAUUCUACAGAAGUGCCUCCUGCUCCUCAACACAUUCGAUUCAUCAGUCCUAGUCCUCAACCUUCUCAGAGCAGUGACACAGCUGAUGGCUCAAGGUCACAGAACGCAGUGUUGGUGGAUAAUCAGCUGAAUGCAGAUGAAAGGUGGUCUUCUACAUCUAAAAAACACAAAACAUCUCAUAAAUCAGACAGAAAAAAUAGAGAUGGUCAAGGCACAGAGGGAAGAUAUGAUCAUAAUAACCACAGGGAGAGGCAUUGGUCUAAGAACAGAGAGAACAGGAGGUGGAGGAGGUCAAGAAGCACAGAGCACAGGAGUCCAGUGACCUCUCCGGGUAACGGCAGUCAUUUCCUCAUUGAUGGAGGUUGUUCUUAUUCCAUCACUCGAGAUGCCUCAUACUCAAAAUGUAGCAGCAGCUACAAUAAAAGGAGGGAUGAUGAUUUCAGCCAUUCUGGUUACGAGUAUCACAGAUUGUCACAUAGCUGUAGUGUGCAGUCAUACAGCUUUCACAGUCGAGACGGAGACUGUGACGAUGGCAAGACUCAUCACAGAAACUGGCGUUCUUUGGGCCGCAACUACCAUAAAUACUCAAACAGACACUUCUACUCUCACUCCAGAAGCCGCAGCAGGGAAUCACGGCGGCGAGCUAGGAAGCGUUCGCGUUCAAGGACUUACUCCAGCAGUCGUUCACCUUCACCAAGAUCUCACCAUAACAAGCCUGGUGGCAAGAGGAAAUACAAAGCACGACAUUUGGAGGACCUCAUCUACAGCAGACAUUCUGCAUCGUACUCUGACUGUGACUCGUCCACGCUGGUGAGAAAACACAAGAAAAAGGGAAAAAGCAAGGAUCAUAAAAGAUACAAAGAGAGGUCAAAAAGGUGCAGCAAAAGCCUGACUAUGGAGGAUUUCAGUGAUGAAAGCUUUUCUGAGAGAAGCAAGCGUCGCCACAAGAAAAAGAAACACAAGAAGAAAAGCAAAAGGCACAAGAGUAAUGACGGCACAGAGAGACGCUCGAACACAGUCAUUACCAUCGAUAGCGACAGUGAUUAUUUUAGGGACGUUGCCAGCAGCAGUCAUAAGGAAGAGCCAGAAGAUGGAACUCGUUUUAGUUCUUAAAAGCAGAUUCACUCGUUUUAGUUCUUAAAAGCAGAUUCACACUGUGCAAAUUGGCCACUGAUUCAGUUGUAAUCAAGCAGAAUUUUAAACUGUUCAGUUUGCUAAAGGAGAAUUCUGACUUUUUUUUAACCUGUGGCCUAUUUAUCAGAUUUAGUUUGAUUGUUUAAAGUGUCAUGCUAAAUGGCCACAAUAGCCACUUAUAACAAGAGUAUGGGGAAAACAGAAAAUACUGCAGUAAAAUGUCUGAAUAUGCUAAAAUGUCUUCAAGUGUUAGGAAGUUUGUGCCAAUUAGCUGCAGAGGUAAAUGUGAUUAUUUACAUUAGAAACAGGAAACUAAAACCAUUGAUUAGGAAUGCAGCUCAGCAUUCAUCUGCAGCAGAUAAAUACUGAGUGGAGUCUGGUGUUUAGACGAGUUAAAUCUUGAACCCAAUCAAUCUUAAAAAUAGACUCCAGUUUAAAAACAAAAUGCAGAAUUUCUCCUUUAAGGUCACCUGUUUGUGACCCAUACGGUGGGUGUGCCGACUGCCCAGCUUUUCCAAUUUGACAAUUGAGAGCAGUGGCCUCAGACUGGUUCCAGCCAGCGCUGAAGGUGCAGGUUUUUAUCACAACUGCAGGUUUAUAUUUCACUGCUGAAUGACACUUUGAGCAGAAGGAUUGGUAGGAAUGAAAACUUGCACACCUCUUGGCCUUUUCUGAAACCAGUUUGAGAUCUCUGGUCUUGAGGCCCCUGAUAUAUAAACUGAGCUAAAUAUCAAAUUGAAGAUGGUUCAUCAGUGGAUAAAUUAACUUUUUAGGUUGUCAUGCUCUACUUUUUUGACUUCUAUAUGAUUUAAUUGUAAGUUGUCAUCAUAAACUCUGGUGAAUGUGACACCACUGAGGGUUGUUGACUUCUGGAAAUUUGUUUUUUAUUUAUGAAGAAUGUUUCAUUUUCUAAGGGGCACUCAGGGAGUAUGGAGAUUUUGACCUUUUAACAAAUUAGCCUUAUUCUUGGAGAAACUUUACCUUGGUUGAUUUUUAUGUGUUAUGUGACACUUUUAGUCAAAGUAACUUUAGACGUCUGCCAUGCAAGGUGCUGACCUGAGCACUUUGGGGUUUAUGGCCUUGCUCACUUGAAAGUUGGACACACAGCUUGGAUUGGAGCUGCUCAUCUUUGUGUAACAGACGACCCGCACUGAGCCAUGGCCUCUUCCUGACCUGGUGACCUCCCAUUCUGAUUUCACAAUGAUCUCAUGUGUUGUAUAAAGAAUAAAUUAUGAAAUUGUUCAU